AUGCAAUCUUUGUUUUUAGGAGCCGCAAGUCAUCCCGUGGAGGCAGUACUAGAUGCGUUACCGUACACUAUAUUCCUCUUCUUUGUUCCAAUGCACUUUCAGACGGAAUUAGCUCUUUUGUCGUUGAAUGGGAUUUGGACAUUUCACAGCCACGGUUGUCUCGAGACCAAGAUGUGGCCGAACUUGACCGCUGAUUAUCAUGCAAUGCAUCACAUCAUGCAUCGUUAUAAUUAUGGAAAUUACACAUUUCUGAUGGAUUGGUUGUUUGGAACACUUCGUCAUCCUAACUCCAUCGUUGAGGAGGCCAAGUCAGAGUAA